AUGCCGAGACUCCCUGCAGAUUGUCUUUCUAUAAUAUUUAGCCAUUUUUAUGAUGACUUAACAACUCUUUAUUCUUGUCUUUUAGUAAACACUUUAUGGUGUGCAACUAUUAUUCCGAUAUUAUGGUCAAAUCCUUGGAAAUAUCUUUAUGAAUUACUUCCAAAUGGGUGUCUAUCAAUUGAUCGUAAACGAUCGACUCAAGUGGAAAUUCAAUCCUUAUUACUUUUAAGAACUCUCUCUGCUUGUUUCUCUGCUGAUUCUAAACAAUUUUUACGUAAUUACGGUAUUCGUAUCAAUCAUGGGCCUCCUCUUUUCAAUUAUGCAAAAUAUUGUAGAUCCUUGAAUACUUACGAUAUAGAUUACAUGUUAAGAAGGGCUCAGAGAAAUCAUCUUUGCUUUUAUACUGAAGAUACGAGAGACUUUGUAGGAUUGGAAAUUUACAAAUUAUUAUUUCAUCAAAGUUCUAUAAUAACUUGCUUAUAUAUUUCGCAUCAACUAUCUCCUAUAUAUUCUCAAAUUUGGCUAUUUCCUGGCGCUUCUUCUUGCUUUUCAACUUUAAAAGAAUUAUAUUGUUACGAACCAUACGCGAUCGAUUUAAAUCUAUUUUGUUGUAUUGCUGAUGUUACAACUAAUAUCAGGAAAUUAUCCAUUAAUAGUAAGAUAUAUAUACAUCAUGAUGAAGGAUUGAUCGACCUCAUUUCGAAUCAGAAUGAUCUUGAUUCUUUGAGCCUAACAAACAUUUCUAGUAGAUUAUGGUUAAAAGUCGCUGAUGCUUUUACUUCUGGAUAUGCGAUCUCUCUAACUCAUCUUUAUUUGAAAUCAUUUGAUACUUGCUUUCCUGCGUUUGGUAUUUCUAAAUUACAAAAUUUACAAUCUUUGAUUAUAACUUGUCAUGAAAUCGAUUGGUCUGGUAUAGCAAAUGCUCGCUUUCCACUUCUGGAAAUUUUAGAAUUUGGAAGAUAUUUUCCUUCAAUGAUAAUCUUGGCUUCAAUAAUUUCUAGAACAGACAAGACGCUUAAAAGGAUUUAUAUAAGCAAUUAUCCAUGCGUAGAUCCAGAGAAUUCUACCAUGUUUUUUCGUGCUAUCAUUGAUUUUUGUCCAAACCUUAAAUAUCUUAGUGCUCCAUUCAAUUCUAUUACAGAUGAAACAAUUGAAAAUAUUAGUUGCAUGUUGGGUUCAUGUUAUCAUUUAGAAGGUCUCGCUCUACGAGCUCAGUAUUCGCCUCUGGAUUCAUAUAAUGAACAUUCACUUGAUGGCGAUAUACUCCUUAAUCUUUUUAUUGAUCAUGCGCCGAAUACUUUAUGUAAUAUUAAGUUUGAUUAUUCUGAAGAUCAAUGUGAAACUGCUUUGACGUUUAGUUACACUGCAAUUAAAUCAUUUUUAAUUAAUUGGGAGAAACGAAAAAGGGUGAAGCUCGGACUUUCUAUAGUAAUAGAAGAUUUUGAUAUGCAUACCCAUGAAUUACAUGCGAUAGAAGAUAUGCUUUAUGAAUAUCGUAUUAAAGGUGUUCUUGAAACAUGUAAAUUGAUUCCAAAAUCCCCUUUAAUUUUCUCGGUUCGUGCUGAAGAUUGGCAAAGAUUUAUUCAUGACGAUUUUACCUAA